AUGAAGGUCAUCACGUGUGAGAUCGCCUGGCACAACAAGGAGCCGGUGUACAGCCUGGACUUCCAGCACGGCGCGGCCGGGAGGGUCCACAGGCUGGCGUCCGCGGGCGUGGACACCGCCGUGAGGGUCUGGAAGGUGGAGAAAGGCCCGGACGGGAAGGCCAUCGUUGAGUUCCUGUCCAAUCUGGCCCGCCACACCAAGGCCGUCAACGUCGUGCGCUUCUCUCCCACGGGGGAGAUCCUGGCCUCCGGAGGAGACGAUGCGGUCAUUCUGCUGUGGAAGGUGAACGACAGCAAGGAGCCCGAGCAGCUGGCCUUCCCGGACGAGGACGAGGCGGAGCUGAACAAGGAGAACUGGACGGUGGUGAAGACGCUGAGGGGCCACCUGGAGGACGUGUACGACAUCUGCUGGGCCACCGAUGGCAACCUGAUGGCUUCCGCCUCCGUGGACAACACGGCCAUCAUCUGGGACGUCAGUAAAGGACAGAAGAUCUCGAUUUUUAAUGAACAUAAAAGUUACGUACAGGGAAUUACCUGGGAUCCUUUGGGCCAGUACAUCGCGACCCUGAGCUGUGAUCGGACCCUGCGGGUGUACAGCACCCAGAAGAAGCGCGUGGCCUUCAAUGUGUCCAAGAUGCUGGCAGGCGCGGGCGCCGAGGGAGAGGCCAGGAGCUACCGCAUGUUCCAUGACGACAGCAUGAAGUCCUUCUUCCGGAGACUGAGCUUCACCCCCGACGGCUCCCUGCUGCUCACCCCAGCCGGAUGCGUGGAGUCGGGCGAAAACGUGACCAACACCACGUACCUCUUCUCCAGGAAGAACCUGAAACGGCCUGUGGCGCAUCUCCCAUGCCCCGGAAAAGCCACGCUUGCUGUCCGCUGCUGCCCCGUCUACUUUGAGUUGAGGCCGGAGGCGGAAACAGAUGGCCCGGCCCCGGGGCCGCUGGUGCGCCUGCCCUACCGUGUGGUGUUCGCCGUGGCUUCCGAGGACUCGGUGCUCUUCUACGACACGCAGCAGCUCUUCCCCUUCGGCUACGUGUCCAACAUCCACUACCACACGCUGAGCGACAUCUCCUGGUCCAGCGACGGGGCCUUCCUGGCCAUCUCCUCCACCGACGGCUACUGCUCCUUCGUGACCUUUGAGAAGGGCGAGCUGGGAACGCCUUUCACAGAGAAGCCGGACCUGAGCACGCGGACUCCCGAUACGGCGACGAAGGCCAAGUGUCAGACCCCACAGGGGUCCUCACCGGGGCCCCGGCUGGGGGAGGGCACCCCGGCCAGCAGAACCACGGACCCCGGCAGUCCCUGCCCAGCACCCGCUCCGGGGAGGCCGUCCGCAACCCCAGCGCCCAAAGACCCGCCCGCCACGGCUGCCCCCACCGGGCCCUCGGAGGAGAAGAGCCCGCCCAGCAGUCAGGCCGGGAAGGCGCCCCCGCCCCGGAGGGUCACCCUGCACACCCUGCAGGCUUGGAGCAAGACGCCCCGGAGAGUGAACCUGAUGCCCGUAAAGACGGACGGCCCGGAUGCUGGGCCAGGCGCUGUGGCUCGCACCCCUCCCGCGGAGGCCCCGCCAGCCUCGUCGGUCAGCGUUCCCAAGCCGCCUGGGGACACGCAGGCCAGCCCCCCGCAGCGGAAGCGGCCCCGGCCCGCGGAGGACGGAGAUGGCGCCCAGGGGCUGGAGCCUGCGGGAGGCCUGGCCUGUGCGUGA